AUGGCCUGUAUUUUCAUAAACUCGAUUAUGUCUGGGUACUUUGCCUGGCAUGGUAACACCUUCUGUGAUCAUCCGACGGUUAUGUACAUCAGUGGCAGUAUAUCGACCGGUCUUUGGUGUGCCGCCUGUAUGGCCUGUAUGAUGUUGGCUAUGAAUCGAUGUUGUGAUUUGUUGAAGCCUGAUUGGAUGGAAACCUUAUUCAGUGGCUGGAGAACUUAUUUUUGGUUAUUGGCACCAACUUUGUAUGGCAGUUAUUUUAUUAUUUUUACACCGCCAUUAAUAUUCACCUCGAUUUAUGAUGGAGCCUUCUUUGAUCCGUUUGUUGGCACUCCGGUGUCUGAUAAGGAGAAGGUAGGGCGGAGAAAUUUUGCAGUAAGCUUAUGGAACUUAGAUUAAGUAUGUUAGACUAUCAUAAAGCCAGAUACUGCUAGAACAAAGAUAUAUAAUUAUGCUGAUGGUUUCAUAUAGGGUAGGGCACGGCCAGAGUAAGAUAGAUGCAGUAGGUUUAAAAUAAAGUUAGAGGGGAAAUUCGUAGAGGUCAGGUAAUGACAACGAAGGGCAUAGUUGACUAUGAUAAAGGAUAAAGGCUGUAUUAAAGGCUACGGCACGACAAGGUCAGGUAAAGCAGGGUUAGAUGGGACAGGGCAUAGUUAAUUAAAAUAAGGAAAAUGUAGGGAGUAGGGCAGGGUAUGGGGUAGUGAAUGAUGUAGUAAGGACUAUAGCAAGCUACGGUAAUGUAUGGCAGGAUAGGAUAGGGUAAGGCAGGGAUAAGUAAGGUAAAGUAGGGUAAUGUAGGGUAGGGUAGGGCAAGGUAAGCUAGGGUUGGAUAAAGUAGGGUAGGGUAACCAAAGGUAUAAUACUUCAUUUUUAAUUAAAAAACGGCAUGUUAUUGUAACUUUUCUAGUACACAAGCUGGCCUCACACCAUAAACAACGUAAUAGUCAUCUUGGUGUUAUGCACAGCCUACAGUUGUAUCUGUAUAUUCGUUUGCAUUAAAAGUCGACCAACAAUGGGUGGGCAAAGAAACACUGGCAUGAGCAUGCUACAAAAGCAGGUACUGUUAUUUUAUUGCAUAUUUAUUCUGUAGCUGACUAUUAACUGACUAAUAACUGUUGUAAACUUACUACAAUAUUAACAAUGCAAACGAGUAUGAGUAGGAUUGUAUUAGCAUUACUAAACUUUUAUAGUAUACUUGUUAUGCGUAACUUGGUAUUUUUGAUCUAGAAUUGUACAGAAACAGUCAUGCUACCGUUUUUAGAGGAAAAACAUUGUUUUUUGAUAUUUUUCUGACUUCAAUAAUUGAAAUGUUACGACUACAAUAAACAGUAAAUGCUAUAACUUUACUAAAUUUCGAAAACGGAACUUUAAGUUUAAAAAUUAAAGUUAUGCUUAAAAUGAAAUUUUAAAACAAAAAUGAAAAUUUAGAUUUGAAAUAGCAGUUUUAUGCUUAAAAAUGAAAUUUGAAGCUUGGAAAUAAAAUUAGGCUUAAAAAUUAAAUUUUAGGCUUAAGAAUAAUUUUAGGUUUAAAAAUUAAAUUUUAGGGUUAAAAUUAUUAUUGUAGGCUUAUAAUGAAGUUGUAAGCUUAAAAAUAAACCUAGGCUUUUAGUAAUAAAAAUGAAAAUAUACGCUUAAAAUAAAGUUUUAGGCUUACAAAUUAAAUUUUACGUUUUGAAAUGAAUUUUAAUUAUGCUGCUAUUUACAGAUCAUAGCUCAAGCUACAUUAAUAUGCAUGUUAAUAUUGAUAGCCGCUAGUGUUUAUGUUCGAAUGCAAUUUGCAGAAACAUCAAAUUAUAUGGUUAUUGUUGGCCAGAUUACUUGGCAAAGCAGUCACGGUAAACUUUUUUUUGAAUAA